GCCACUCCUCUUGCAGCACAACACCGACCGACCACGACUCAACGCGGGCCAGCCCCUAGCAACAGCCUCCUUUCGCCGCGCCGCUGCCGGCGCACUUUUCUUUCUUGAUUGCGAACCAAAACAAAUUCCUAAAGCUCAGUAAUUUGAGAAAGAAUGGGUAUAAAUCUCUUCGACGGAAGUGACUCAGACAACGAGGACGUCUCGAAGAUCGAGAUUGACAAGGAGUUCGCUCGUAGGUACGAGCACAACAAGAAGCGCGAGGACCUUCAACGGUACGAUGAGUUGAAGAAGAGAGGCCUCAUACCUCGGCGAGUACGAGGGGAGGAAGACGAUAAAGGAGACGAAAAUUCGGAAGAAUCGUCGUCUUCGGACGAUGAUGACGGCGAUGUCUCGGUCCAUUCGAAGAAGGAUUUGGAAUUUUUCGAGGCUUUGAUCAAGAUCAGGAAGCAGGACCCGAGUUUGAAGAGCAAGGAUGUGAAAUUGUUCGAUUCGGAGUCGGACUCCGAUGAUGACGGAGGAAAUAAUGCCGAGGAGGAGAAGAAAAAGAAGAAGAAGAAGGCGAUGUACUUGAAGGACGUGGUAGCUAAGCAUUUGAUUGAAGAAGGUCCAGAAUUGUGUGAUAAGAAUGAAAAACGUAAUAGGAAGAAUCUGGCUUACAAUGAGGAGCAAGAGGAGAUACGCAAGGCGUUUCUUGAGGCGGUGGAAGAGAAUGAGGAAGAGGAGGAUGGAGAUGAUUUGUUGAGGAUGAAGGAAAAGGAUGAGUCAGAUGAGGAAGAGAGCGAUGAGGAGCUUCAUAAGAAAUUGGAUGAGUAUUUCGGAGGAAGUCGUAGCGGGGAACCAGAUGAGAAUGCUGAUUUUUUGAAGGAGUAUUUCAUGAAUAAGAUGUGGAUUGACAAGCACGAUGACAAAGGGGCUCGUGGCAUUGGAGUUGGUGAUGAGGAGUUGGAGAUGCUGUCGGAGGACGAGAAGGAGAUUGAGAAGCAAGAGGAGUAUGAAUAUAGGUUUCAAGAGAAUUCCGGGGAUCAAAUUUUGGGACAUUCCAGAGAAGUAGAGGGUACGGUUAGGAAGAAGGUGAAGGCAAGAAAGGAGCAGAGGAAGCACAAGGAGGAGAGGAUGGAGAUUGCGAGGUUGGAGAGGGAGGAGGAGUUGAGGCAUUUAAAGAAUUUGAAGAAGAAGGAAAUGGAUGAGAGGGUUAAGAAAAUCAUGGAGAGCGCUGGGAUUCAAGAGGAUGAGAUUGUUCCCUUGAGUGCCAAAGAGUUGGAAGAGGAGUUUGAUCCCGAGGAGUAUGAUCGAAUGAUGAAGAAAGCUUUUGGGGACAAGUAUUAUGAUGCAGAGGAUGCUGAUCCGGAGUAUGGUAGCGAUGCAGAUGAGGACGGUGAGAUUGAGAAACCGGAUUUUGAGAAAGAGGAUGAGUUGCUUGGACUUCCUAAAGGAUGGGCUAGUGGCGAGAGCGGUGAUGGGUUCUUAGCUGCAAGAGAAAGAAUCUUAAAGCAUAAGAUGGAGACUGAUGGUGACCACAAAGGAGGAGAAGAAGACGAAGAAGAAGAUGAAGAAGAAGAAGAAAGAAAAGAAGUUAGCGAGGAAGGUAAACGGAAAAGCAAGCGUAAGUUGGCUAUUUUGGAGAAGGCUAAACAGGCAAUGCUAGAAGAAUACUAUAAGUUGGACUACGAGGAUGCAAUUGGAGAUUUGAAAACAAGGUUCAAGUAUGCCAAAUUAAAACCUAAUAGAUAUGGGUUAAGUACUGCUGAGAUAUUAGUGAUGGAUGACAAUGACUUGAAUCAAUACGUGUCUCUGAAAAAGAUUGCACCUUACCAAGAUGAGUGGAAGGUACCAAAUAGCAAGCGAUACGAAAUGAAAAUGAAGGCCAAAGAAGUUCUCCGGCAAGGAAAACUAAGUGAACAUAAGAUUGGGAAAAAGAAGAGAAAGAGGGAUGAUGCAAACAAGGCGACUUCUUCAGAUGCCGCCAAUGGAGAUGAGAAACCAGAAUUAGAAGAAUCAGCAGGUGUUGCGAGCAAUUUGUCUAGGAAAGCCAGGAGAAAGCAACGUCAAGCUGAACUCAAAAUAUCGAACUCGAGACUUAAGGCAUAUGGAAAGAUCGAGUCAAAACCUAAGAAAGCGAAGCACUGAAGAUCAGCAGCAAUUCUGGCAAAGCUGUAGGGAGGUCACUUUGUGGUAUCAAUACCAUGGAGGAUUGCAAUUUUGGUAAAAAGCGGUGAAAUUCCUAGAUACUUUUCAUAUAUUUUCAUAUUGUUUUGGAUGGGGAUGGACUACAAAUGCUACGACAGAGCAGAAUGGACAGAACACCAAAAGAGUUGGUUGAGAUGCUUGCGAUCUGCUUUGUCCUUUCUUUUCAUUUCAUGAAACUCUAGGUUCUAUUUCUUGUCGAGGUUGUCUAUCUUAGCGAGUUGACAAUGCGAAAUUUUGUAAUUGAUAUUUAACUGUUGACAUAUAUUACGUAACUUUUCUAUGUUCUGCAACAUUGUUUGCAUGUUUAAAGUAACGUUGUUUUCCAGAGAAAUAAAAAAAAGUUGC